GCGAAUGGGGUCUUCAACGGAUCAAAUAACUCCGACAUCAGGAUCCCAUAACAAUUGUUCCGGUAACGGAGUAACGACUGGGUUGUCAUGGCUACGUCGGAGCGGUCUGCGGAUGCGUGGACCAACCUCUGCUCCAGAGUUGUUCGGGGAGGAAGAGAAGACCUCGACGAAACACACACACACUCUCACAACACAUGCACUCUCACACGGACACGCACAUACGCACUCACACGGACGCACGCACACGCGCGCCUAGGCAUAAGCAAAUCCUGCCGCUGCUACGCCUUCGAGCAGUCACCGGGAGCAACCGCAUCAGCAGCCAGAAAGAAGAAAGGAUAACACGAAUAAGGACGAUUGUAUGGAUGUGUUAAGUUACCGUUUUUCGUUCUCUUCCUGAUACCUGGUGCAAAGUGUGGGAUUUCCUCAAGACACCAAAACACAGAAACGCAUCGUCGUCGGUUCAGUUCGUUCCGUGGAGCCAUGCGCGUUCCAACAGCGUACAACUUCCUCGAGCUCUCUUCCUGCGUGUCCCACUAGGUCCUCCAGAUCCUUAACAAACUCAUCACUGAACUCCGCAGAAAAAAAACCCUUCGAGACAUUCGAACAGUGCGCGAAUUGAUUAACCCAAGGACUUCUUAACAACAUCAUCAUGGAAAGCAAUUCCGUUUCUCCGAUGCCCGAAUUGGCGCCAAUCGCCGAAUUCGACAAGACACCGCCUACGCCUCCUGAGGAUACCAUCCCUAUGGAUGAUCUUCCACCGCCUCCGACUGUCGUCACCGUCGCCAACAACUCGGUAGAGCAAGAAGCCGAAACACACAGACACUAUGAGGAGGAGAACGAAUGGGGCUGCGGUAGCUGGUUGGAAUACACGAUGGUGGUGGUCCUGGCCAGCGUGCUGCUACUCGGUUCACUAGCUCUCACCCUGUUCUGGGUGAUCUACUACCACAAUGGAUUCGCGUGGCGCGAAGACCUCAGCAAACAGUUCAACCUGCAUCCCGUCCUCAUGGUGGCCGGUUUCAUCACCUUCAGCGGUUUCUCUAUUCUUCUAUACAGAAUCUGCAGGUGCUGUCGCCGGAUCUACGUGAAGCUAUUGCACACCGUUUUCCACGCUCUGUCCAUUCCGUGCGUCGCCAUCGGGUUUAUGGCCGUUUUGGACACGCACAAUCUAAAGAGGCCCGAAGCCAUACCGAAUUUCUACUCUCUGCACAGCUGGAUCGGACUUGUGACCAUGGGACUCUUCGCUAUACAGUUUGUAGUAGGGUUCUUCAGUUUCCUGGUCUUGCUGUGCUGUGAGGGUGCCACGUCCGCUUUUAGGGCGGCUUUGGUACCGAUCCACGCUUCCUUCGGCCUCACCACAUUCAUGCUCGCCAUCGCCGCCUGCGUGACCGGACUCACCGAGAAGGUCAUCUUCACAUUGGGCAACUCGUAUAGCCGAAUGCCGGAGGAGGGCAUCAUUGUGAAUGCAAUAGGCAUGUCGCUGAUAGCAUUAGCCAUCCUGAUAGGUUACAUCCUGCAGCGGGACGAGUUCCGGUUUAGGGCGCACGUCCUGAUCCGUUCCGGAGAUCUCUAAUACAACACCCCAUACAGAACACAAAUCCAAAAUACACAAACACAAACAAUACACAUAAACACACCCGACACUCAAAAGCCACAAUCAUCAACAUCAUAAUUUCCGUUCAAUCGAGGUCCAACGAUCGAUCGAGGAUGCGACGACUGCAUGUUCCAUUUCCACUCAAUUCUAUUAUAUUUCAAUUGUAUUAUCUAGCAUGCUAAAAUUUUUGUUGUUAUUUAUUUGAUUGAUCGUUUGUUUGUAAGUUCUGCAUGUUUGCCAUGCCUUGGUAUUCUGAUGAUUGAUAGUGUUGAUUGGUUGAAUCCCAGGGAGAACUACGAGAAGUUCUCCGAGCAGAGCAUAAUCGUGAACACCUUGGGCAUCGUCUUCAUCGCGUUGGGAAUCCUCGUCUCCUACGC